AUGACCUUUAAAUCCAUCAACAGAGCGGAGACUGCAUCGGCGACUCGUUUGACGCAGGCUUUUGUUUCGCUCGAACUGUUUGCUGUUUAUUUCAAUUGGGCUCUCGAUCUCACGCAACACAACGAUGAUAAUGUGAAAUUCGCAUUGCUGGUGACGAGUUGGGUGGUUUAUGGAAUCUUCGGCCUUGUUCUUCUCAUCAAUAUCUUUACGAAAGCUUCCGCCACAAAUGAGACAAGUGCUCUUGGUCUCAACUUGAACAUACUCCACUCGCUGAUUCCCGUGCUUUUGCUGCUGUUGGGUGAUGGGAUGGCGCCUGGAGUGGCGAUUUUUACCUUUUUGACCCUUCGACUUCCCACUGUUGUACAUCAUGAGCUUUUGCAAGCUGCUGACACAUUGCUUUUGGCCCUUGGCUUUUACUUCUUGGGACAUUCACCGACUUUGACUGCUAUUCCAUGGACAGCCGCUUUUGUGGGAAUUUCCGGAGCAUGGGGUUGGAGAAUUUUACCAGCAUUGCUUAUUCUCUCUCACUUGUAUGCAUCAACUCUACUUGUUUGUGCAAGGCUUCUAAUUCAGCAACCGGUAAACACUUCGUUAUUGAUCGCCACCGUUGCCGUUCGAGCAUUGGCUUCUUCGGCAGCUUGCGCCAUUUUACGAAGACAUUUAAUGGUUUGGAAGAUCUUUGCGCCUCGUUUCAUCUUCGAAUCGAUCGGCUUCCUCGUGCUUCUCGGCGUGGUUUCAAUCUUCAGCUUUUUAAGGAGACGCUUCAUUGUU